CCCGACCGCGUUCCGGAUCACUCUCUCGACGGCCACUGGUCCGCUCCGCUCCUCCGCUUCCUCCCCUCCCCGCUCGUCCCCGUUCCCCCGCCGAGAUAUUUCCUACGAACCCCGUCUACUGGCCAUGCCGCUGCUCGCCGUCGCCUCCUCCACCCGCGCCGCGGCGGUGCGGCCGCUGCGCGCCUCGGCGGCCUCGGGCGAGGCGGUCCCGGCGCCUGCCGCGGCUGCGGCGGAGACCGCGGGGCGGAGGCCCGUAAAGGUGAUCCUGCCGAAGAAGAAGCCGCAGAAGUGGUCGACGGGGAUGGAGCCCGGGGAGUACGGCGGCGGGCCGGCCACCAUCAAGCCGCGCAAGUACUGGUGGGGGAAGGAGGACCGCGACCCCGUGGCCAACACCGACGACUUCAUCUGGAACAAGGAUUUCCUCCCCCACAUGGAGCGCGUCAUCGCCAACGCGGAGCCCACCAUCACCCGCCUUACUCCGGUCGAUGAGGAGGAGUCGGGAUUUCUGAGCAUCAACCGUGCAAUGAGCCUUGACAGUGUGGAGGUUGACCUGAGCAAGGAGCUUCAAGCGCCGACCAAGCCAAUCCUGCAAACCCAGGUUGAGGCUGCCAGGAGAGGCCGGGCCAUUGGUGCUGAGGCUGUGAAUGGUGCCACCUCUGCUAGAUGGAGGCUAGUCCCGACUCGCCGGGAGCAGGCAAAGUGGGACAGAGCUGCCAAGGCAGCUACUGGUGGCAGUGAUGUUAUACUAAGGGAGUCCAAGUCAAGAGUGCAGCAAGGGGACCCUAAGGUAUUGGCAGCUAGGUCCAGAGAGGAAUACCUAAAGUUGAAACAAAGAUUGCAGCUGCUCACUUUAGGCAUUGGUGGCGUUGGUGUAGUAUCUGCUUAUGUUUCAUACUCUCCUGAAAUUGCUGCCAGCUUUGGUGCAGGGUUGAUUGGAUCACUGGUGUACCUCCGCAUGCUUGGAACCAGUGUAGAUUCCCUAGCAGGUGGAACUGGAGAAACUGUCAAGAGCGCUGCUGCACAACCAAGAUUGCUUAUUCCAGUGGUACUUGUGAUGAUGUACAACAGAUGGAAUGGGAUAUUAGUUCCGGAUUAUGGCUUCAUGCACCUGGAGUUGAUACCGAUGCUUGUUGGAUUUUUUACCUACAAGAUUGCUACGUUCGCUCAAGCAAUUCAAGAUUCGAUACCUGCAGUUGGAAAUCGUGAGGUUUGAACAGUGCCCUGGUGAAUGGAAGAUGCAGAUUGUUACCCUAAUCCCUGAGGGAAGAUUGGUCAGUGGUCACCCAGACAGUAAGGUUGGUUUAAAAGGAUCUGAUCUGGCGUCAUCACCAAGUAGAUGAGAUGCCAGCUGAAAAUCUUUAGUGGUUAACAUAUUUUACACAAAUAUUCUACUACGACCCAAGGUGGUAAAUAGGUGAUGUGGCCAUAUUCAUUCCGUGUUGUUACUACGUAGAUCAUCAAUGUACGGAUUUGCAACUUGGGAACUUCACCACAUUGACAGCAUUUAGCAGGACGAACAAAGUGGUAUACAGUUUAUAGACCACAAAUGAAUGCAAAUAAUGCACGCUGCCGGUA